UAUAACAUACAGAUGAAGGGAGGACUGAAAGAGCACAUUGUUUUACCUCAGGGGGUCCCAUUAGACGGGUCAUCCGUGUGUCCCUCAGUGUUAACACUUGAAGAAACUUAAAAGGUGAAGAUGCUGAUGCUCUUCAACUGCAACUUGACACAUUUUCCCCAGGAGUCUGUUUUUCAGAAGGCCUUGUGCCGCUUUAGACACCUCCGCACCCUUUCUCCAUAGGCCCACUUUCAUUAUAAAUCCUCACACAUCUGAGAACUACUUCCUGCUCUCACUUGCCCACAAGGACCUGCAUCCUGAUUGGCUGUUUAGUACAAUAAACAAUUCAGCAAGAUAAAAUGAUAGUAUACCUAACUGAAAUACUCUCCUGACCUGUACAUUUUAAGCUGAUCGUAAUAAAGCCCAUUACAGUUAUCUGAUGUGUUCCUAAUACUUCUUAGCGAGGUGACAUGCACACGGAGUCAUGUCAUUACACGGGAACUUUUGUUUUUCCGCUGAUGCCAUCAAGAGCGAGGGCUGGCAAUGGGAAGCUAUAUAAGCAGCACGAUUCAUCCCAAUCCUGACCACUCUGGAUAGACUGUGCUCACCCAGGAAAGGAAGUACAUGUCCACAGCUUCUGCCCAGCAUGGUCCUGUUGCUCCAGGCAGCAGCAUUAGUCCUGCUGCUGGCCUCCCUGCCUGGAUCACUCUCUACUCCAUCUCAGCAUCUGUGCGGCUCCAACCUGGUGGACGCGCUUUACCUUGUGUGUGGGCCUAGAGGCUUCUUUUACUCCAGCAGAAGCAGGAGGGACCUGGAGACUUUGCUGGCCUUGCUCUCAAAUUUAGCAGAUUACGAAGUAGCUGAGGCUGAUCCUUUAAAGCAGAAGGUGAUGAAGAUGAAGAGAGGGAUUGUGGAACGGUGCUGCCACAGGCCCUGCACCAUCUACCAGCUGGAAGACUACUGCAGCUGAACAAGCUUACAUGCUUUGUAAAGGUUAAUGAUUUUAAUAAAGGAUCAUUACAUGCAAGAAGUAUUUGCUUGAUUGUUUGCUUGUCAAUUUUAAUGGAGGCUUGUAGAAUAAAGGAAGGUUCCUUCCAAAGAAUACUGGGUGAUAGAAACAUGUUGUGGUUUCCCUUGUGUUGUAGCACCCUCUGCUGGGACUCUCAUGAGUUUAGGCUCUCAAACUGAUGAGAAAUGGAUGUUACAGUAAGAAAAUGUGUAAUAAUUGCGGUAUAAAAAUUCCAGUGACAAAGCAAAUAAAGAGAAAAGAAAGUAUUUUAUAUUAAAAGAUCCCAUUCCCACGUUCUGUUCUUUUAAUAAAAACAUUAAAAAUUUAUAUAAAAACUUAAUCUAAAAAAAAAAAAAAAA